AUGCACGCCUCCUCUCUAUCCGUGGGGUCUAUUUCGACCGCCGAGGAGCCUCACACCCCCAAGCAGGCUUGGAACCUGCCCGGCUACGCCACCCACGACUCCCGCUUCAUGCUGGGAGGCUACGACGACCUGGUGGGUGACGUGUCGCGGCUAAAUCUUGCUCCCUCCCAAAACGGAAACAUGCCCAUGUCCCAAAACGGAAAGAUGAACAUGUCUCAAAACGGACAUCCUAACCUCCCCGUCAGCCACAACCACAGCCAGCAUCACCGUACCCACUCGGGAGCAGGCGGAUCGCCCAUUUUCGGCAAGUCUGUCUUUGUGGAAAACGAAGACAAAUUCCCUAUUCUUGUCCGGCGUCCCUCCUCUGCCGUUUCCCCGCCCUUGGAAGAGACCUUCCAGCAGCAGCACCACAAUCAUCAUGGCAAUCACGGCAGCUACAAUGGCAACGGAUCUCCACCCAUGCACCAGCCCCUGACUCCUCCUUACGAGAAGGCCGGUGGCAAGUUCAAUUGUUCGACCGCUGCAAACAACAACAACUCCCACUCUGUCAUGCAGGCCAUUCCUGCCUCUCCGCUAACCCCCAAUUUGCAUACUAAUCUGUCUCCUACGUUUGUGGGCAGCAACAACCACUACCGACGAGCGUCCCAGCCCGCUAGCAGUUGCAUUCCUCCGGCAUUCACCCCUGAGCGAAGCCCCAACGGCACUGCGUCGUCUGGAGUACAGACCCCCUCCACCACCUCGUCCAAGAUCUCCUCCAUUGAUCUCAACAACUGCGACAUUUUUGCGCUGUGCAAGGACCAGCACGGGUGCCGGUACUUGCAGCGCAAGCUCGAGGAGGAGCCGUACUACCUGAAUCUGAUUUUUGAGCAGACCCACAGCCAUGUGGUAGAGCUCAUGACAGAUCCCUUUGGCAAUUACCUGUGCCAAAAGUUGCUGGAAAACUGCUCUGUGGCACAGACCACCGUGCUGAUCCGAACGGCUGCUCCCUCCCUUGUCCAGGUGGCGCUCAACCAGCACGGCACUCGAGCGCUACAGAAGAUGAUUGACUACGUCACCAACGACGAGCAAAUUGAAAUCAUUGUGCAGGCCCUCGAGCGAAACGUGGUACGGCUCAUCCAGGACCUCAACGGUAACCACGUGAUCCAAAAGUGUCUGAACCGGCUCAACUCGUGCGAUACCAACUUCAUCUACCGAGCCGUGUCGCAGAAUCUGGUGGUAGUCGCUACACACAGACACGGCUGCUGCGUGCUGCAGCGGUGCGUUGACUACGCGGACGUAUUGCAACGAGAAAUGCUCAUUGGUGUUAUCACAAAACACGCUCUGCAGCUCGUGUGCGACCCGUUCGGCAACUACGUGACUCAGUACGUGCUAGGCGAGCAGGUGAUCCGCCAGUUUGUCGGCCACGUUGUCGCGCUGUCGAUGCAAAAGUUUUCGUCCAACGUGAUUGAAAAGUCGCUCAAGGUGGCGUCCUACGAGCUUCGAGCGGUUCUGAUUGCCGAGAUCUGCGCCUCGCCCCUGUUGCCUAAGCUGCUGAGCGACUGCUAUGGCAACUACGUGGUCCAGACCGCCUUGGACACCGCCAACCAGUACACCCGGGCACAGCUCAUUGAUCGUAUCCGGCCCGUGCUGCCCAUGAUCCGUCAGACCCCUUACGGACGACGCAUCCAGGCCAAGGUCGACGCCCGAGUAUUUUAUUAUUAG